AUGAUCCCCAUUCAUUUUGAUAAAAAACUUUUUAAUACAUCAAAAAUUAUUGGACAAUUAGAUCGAAAAUUUAUUGUUGUUGUUUCAAAAAAUCAAUUAUUAUUGUUUGAUCAACAUGCAGUUCAUGAAAGAGUUCGUUUAGAAGGUUUAUAUCAAGAAUAUAUGACAAAAAGCAAUACGAAAUAUCCUAAAUUUAAAUCGAUACGUAUCAAUAAACUCAUCAAAAUGAAUUUCGACGAAGAAAAAUUGGCAAUUUUAACAACAUAUAAAAAUUUAUUUUCCGAAAUUGGUUUUGAAUAUGAAACUUUUUCAUCGCACAUUUUAAUCAAGAAAAUUCCCGAAUGUUUGCACAGAAAAAACGUGGAAGAUCAAUGCGACGAUUUUUUUUGUAAAUUCCUUGAGUCGGUGUUAACCGAAGAAAUGACAAUUUUAAAAGAAACUGGAGGUAUUCGAUCGAAUAUUCCACGGUUACUACAACACGUUAUGAGCACAGAAGCUUGUAGAGGUGCGAUCAAAUUUGGCCGACAACUUACACAGGUGGAAAGUGAAAAAUACAUGAAAAUGUUAUCAAAAUGCCAAUUACCGUUUCAAUGUGCUCAUGGAAGACCCACAUUAUAUCCUAUUUUAGUUUUAAGUCCUUUAGUUAAUGAAAAUAAGAAAAUUAAUUUCAAAAAAAUUUAAAUUUAUUAUAAGA